CUUUCCGUGACUUAAACCCUAACAUUGUUCCCUACUCGGCCUUCUCUCUUGUGCGGCCGCCUCUCCCUCCUCACGCCGUCUCCUGUUCGGCCGUUCCUCAGCGCCACCAUACACGACGCCGUCUCUCUCGCGCAUCUCCCGUCCUCAGUGGUAGAGUCCAGCGCCGCCUCCCCCCAUCAGCCGUGACUACACCAUGUCCGAGAAGAUCUCCGCCACUGAGAAGUUUGCCAUCAUGCCCCCCUCCACUCCUCACUUGGCUUUCACAAUCAUCUCUAACGUGAAGCUUCAUGUCCCAAUCCUCUUGAGCUUCUCCGAGCCAAACUACAAAAAGUGGAGCCGCUUGUUUCUUCUUUUGGUACAGCGCUUUUCCCUCGGCGACUCUCUCACUGGAAAAUUGGCCCCCUCUAGCGCCGGUGACACCGAACGAUACCAACUUGAUGCACUCAUCCAGGAGUGGAUCCUCUCCCCGAUCAACGAUGAAGUUUCCGACCUUGUCCUCUCCUCAAUAAAUUCUGCGACGGAACUUUGGCAAUCCAUCCACUCUCUCUUCCAUGACAACAAACCUGCCCAGACAAUGUAGUUGGAGCACCAAUUCCAGACCACGAAGAAAGAUACACAUUCUUCACAACCAUCUCAACAGAAAGGAAGAUUCUCAACCUCUCUAACGACCCAAAAAAAUGAUCCACUUUGUGCUUCUAAUUAGCCGACAGGGAAAAGUUAGGCUGACAAAAUGGUAUUCCCCAUAUUCUCAGAAAGAGAGAGCUAAGGUGAUCCGUGAACUAAGCGGAUUGAUACUAACACGAGGGCCAAAGCUUUGCAAUUUUGUAGAAUGGAAAGGAUUCAGAGUGGUCUAUAAAAGAUAUGCCAGUCUUUAUUUCUGCAUGUGCAUUGACCAAGAUGAUAAUGAAUUGGAGACGUUGGAGAUCAUUCAUCAUUUUGUUGAGAUAUUAGACAGAUACUUUGGAAGUGUGAGUGAGAUUCUUUUUUUUUCAGCUCUAGUGAGAUACAUACUUUGCAUUGACCAACCUGCUAUCUGUCUAUCUCAUGUUUUGAAUUUCGUACUGGUGAAUCUCUUUAUUUAGGUCUGUGAGCUGGAUCAUAAAAUGUACUGUUGGAU